GUUUUACAGUUUUCUUGUUUGUUGUUGUACCGGCGAUUGCCACAAACAUUGAGGAAGAAGUUCUUGAGAAAAUGAACAAGUACCGAAGCAGACACAAAGUACCGCAUUUAACAUUAAACAGGGAUCUCUGCAUAACUGCCAGGGAAUAUGCUGGAAUACUCGCUUUCUAUUCAAGAAUUGAACUGUCCAAUUCUAGGGGUAAUUAUGGCGAAUAUAUGUGCUAUAAGGAAGAUGCGUCCCCAGUGACUUGUGUGGAUGAUUGGUACGAGGGAAUCAAGUAUUAUAACUUUACAGACCCUAAGAUAUAUGACGAAAAUGAGGCCUUCACUCAAAUAGUUUGGAAGAGUACCACAGAUCUGGGCGUUGGCAACAGUAGAAAUUCUCUUGGAGGUAACUUUCUCGUCAUAAGGUAUCUGCCGCCUGGCAACAUAGAUGGUCUGUAUAAGGAAAAUGUGUUAGCACUAAGUGGAAGCUUUACCUUUAAAGGUUCUGUAUAUCUUUUGAUCUUUCUAUUGAGCACAUACUCUUACAUAUAAAAGGAAAAUAACACUAUUAAACACAAGUUAAAUUGUAAUUUAUUAAGUUUCGCAUAAAGGUAUACAUACUACUUAUACUCUA